AUGAAGUGUCUCAUCGAGUCCCAGCUACAGACCCAGACGCACGCAGGAGAGAUGAGUCUCCAGAGCCUGAUGUUCCUGCUCCUCAUCUCCGCGGUCCAGGUAACUGGACUGGAGGAGGAGAGGUGCCACACUCCUGGGCCGCCGAAGGACAAGAUGGUGUCGAUGUUCUGUGAUUUCAUGCGGACCUAUAAUAAAUCCUACAAGGACCAGGAAGAAGAGGCCCGACGUUUUAAGAUCUUUGUGGAGAACCUGGAGCGGGCGAGGCAGCAUCAGGAAACGGAGAUCGGGAGCGCCAGAUACGGGGUCACCAAGUUCAGCGACCUCUCAGCUGAGGAAUUCCAGCAGGGAAGCCAAGCGCCGUCUAUUCCAUCAGAAUGCAGAGAAUUCUCCGGUUACGUACUCCCAAAAAUCAUCCCAAAGUCCAUGGACUGGCGGAAGGAGAAUCGUGUCACACCAGUUAAAAACCAGGUGAGGGUGAUUUGCAAAGAGCUCCUGGACUGCGGGAGGGCUACAAACAACUGCAACGACGGCAGUACAUACGAGGCUUUUGCAGAUGUAUUGCACCUUGAAAUGAAGCCCUUCGUCGCAAGGAAUGGACCUGUUGCAAUCAUGGUCAACAUAAUAGACAGACUGCAUAAUUACAAAGGAGGAAUUAUCCGAACAGUUAUCCAACCGACCAAGCCAGUAACUUAUCACUCCAUGCUAAUAGUUGGCUACGGAACAGUCGGAAAUGAUCCGUACUGGAUUGUGAAAAACAGCUGGGGGGACAACUGGGGCGAACAGGGCUACGUACGGAUUUAUCGAGGAGCAAAUGUGGGCAGGAUUGGAAAUUUCGCCGUGUCCUCCACCGUGUGA